GCGAAGGGCAAGGACAGCCGCCCACUCGAGAGUCUCUCUGAUCUGACUACAAGAGCCCGGCCCUCCUACCCUGCAGCCCCCAGCAGCCUCCACGUUCUCAUUCUGGCGGUCUCUCUGCUCCUCUCCACAGGGAGAACAACUUCAUCAAGGACUUCCCUCAGCUGGCCGAUGGGCUGUUGGUGAUCCCACUGCCGGUGGAGGAGCAGUGCCGGGGGGUCCUCUCCGAGCCCCUCCCGGACCUCCAGCUGCUCACUGGAGACAUCAGGUAUGACGAGGCCAUGGGUUACCCUAUGGUGCAGCAGUGGCGGGUCCGAAGCAACCUGUACCGCGUGAAGCUCAGCACCAUCACCCUCUCGGCAGGCUUCACCAACGUCCUCAAGAUCCUGACCAGGGAGAGCAGCCGGGAGGAGCUGCUCUCCUUCAUCCAGCACUACGGCUCCCACUACAUCGCAGAGGCCCUCUAUGGCUCCGAGCUCACCUGUAUCAUUCACUUCCCCAGCAAGAAGGUCCAGCAGCAGCUGUGGCUCCAGUAUCAGAAAGAGACCACAGAGCUGGGCAGCAAGAAGGAACUCAAGUCCAUGCCCUUCAUCACUUACCUCUCAGGUCUGCUGACGGCGCAAAUGCUGUCAGAUGACCAGCUCAUCUCAGGUGUGGAGAUCCGCUGUGAGGAGAAAGGCCGCUGUCCCUCUACCUGCCACCUUUGCCGCCGGCCGGGCAAGGAGCAGCUGAGCCCCACGCCAGUGCUGCUGGAAAUCAACCGUGUGGUACCACUGUAUACCCUCAUCCAAGACAAUGGUACCAAGGAGGCCUUCAAGAGCGCACUGAUGAGUUCCUACUGGUGCUCUGGAAAAGGGGAUGUGAUCGAUGACUGGUGCAGAUGUGACCUCAGCGCCUUUGAUGCCAGUGGGCUCCCCAACUGCAGCCCCCUCCCACAGCCAGUGCUUCGUCUGUCCCCAACAGUAGAGCCCUCCAGCACAGUGGUCUCCUUGGAGUGGGUGGAUGUUCAACCAGCUAUUGGGACCAAGGUCUCUGACUAUAUUCUGCAGCACAAGAAGGUGGAUGAAUACACGGAUACAGACCUCUAUACAGGAGAAUUCCUGAGUUUUGCCGAUGACUUACUCUCUGGCCUGGGCACAUCUUGUGUAGCAGCUGGUCGAAGCCAUGGAGAGGUCCCUGAAGUCAGUAUCUACUCCGUCAUCUUCAAGUGUCUGGAGCCCGACGGUCUCUACAAGUUCACUUUGUAUGCCGUGGAUACACGGGGGAGGCACUCGGAACUCAGCACAGUGACCUUGAGAACGGCCUGUCCACUGGUGGAUGACAACAAAGCAGAAGAGAUAGCAGACAAGAUCUACAAUCUGUACAAUGGGUACACAAGUGGAAAGGAGCAGCAGACUGCCUACAACACGCUGAUGGAGGUCUCAGCCUCGAUGUUGUUCCGAGUACAGCACCACUACAAUUCUCACUAUGAGAAGUUUGGUGACUUUGUCUGGAGGAGUGAGGACGAGCUGGGGCCCAGGAAGGCCCACCUGAUCCUGCGGCGACUGGAGAGGGUGAGCGGUCACUGCUCUAGCCUCCUGCGAAGCGCCUACAUCCAGAGCCGCGUGGACACCGUGCCCUACCUUUUCUGCCGCAGCGAGGAGGUCCGGCCUGCGGGUAUGGUGUGGUACAGCAUCCUCAAGGACACCAAAAUCACAUGCGAGGAGAAGAUGGUGUCCAUGGCCCGAAACACGUAUGGGGAGUCCAAGGGCCGGUGAGGGAGGGUACUGCCCUCCAUGAGCACAGAGACUCUCCAUGGGAGGGGGAGCCCUACUCUCGUGGAUCCUGGGGCCUGGGGGGGGCUGGGGGACAGCUGAGGAUGGGCCUGGCAGAUGAGGCUUGCCAGCGAGGCCAAAGCAAACUCUUUCUCUUGUGGAUAGCCGACAGAGAACUUUGUAACUGCUGGAAUUAUCCGUUUUUUUUUCUCUUUUAUUUUUUCUAAGAUAUUAUUUGACUAUCCAAGUCUCUCCUUUUUAAACAUUUUCUUAUGGAUGGCGGUCAGUCCCAGGGGAGGGGCUUUCAGGUGGAGACCAAGCGGCCUUUGCUCUUCUUCCUUCCUCCUGCCACACUCAGCUUCCUUCCCACAGUGGGCCCUGGAGGAGACCCAUGGAGAGACAAUCUGACCUCUUCAGCAUCAGGAAGGAGGCCCCGAGGAUUGUUGCAGUGAGGAAGCUUGGGUCUUUAUGGCUUUUCAUUUUCCAGACACUACUGGGUUUGCAGGAUCCCUGCCUCUUCCUGCUGCCUGUGGGCCUGGACAGAGUCCCUGCAGCACUUUCCAUGGAUUAAAAAUUCUUAUUGUCUCUCUUUCUGCUUGGGUAGUGUUUCUUGCCCCUGGGGGACCUCUGUGUAUUCACUCAACAGAUAUCUAUUGAUUACCUACUAUAUGCCAGGCACUGGGCAUGCAACGGAAGAGUGAGAAGCUCCCUGCUCUCGGACCGUACAGUCCCUUGGAGAUUAUAGAGAGGUGGGUCAGUGAAUUCAGGCUGCAGUAGGGUGUUCUUAACUCAUUGCUGGGUCCUGAGACAAACUAGUGCUUCAAGGAAGUGCUUCCUUGAAAAAGUGAUGCCUAAAGCCCAAAGGACAGGAGGGGUAAACCAAAGAGAGUGGGGAGGAAUGAGAUGGGCCACCAGGAACAUUGAAAACCCAGAGAUAAGAGAAAACAGAACACAUUCCGGGGCUGAAAGCACUUCCCAUGAGAAUAAAGACCCAAAUAGCCAGAGGG